UUGGCCCAAACCGGUAUAUUAUUUAUUAUACUCAACAAAAUAAAAAAGCCCAUGCUGAAGCUUGUGGUGGCGCCACCGCGGCUCGCGAUGCGAUCGUCGUCGUUUCGAAAAGCCGCGUUCUCCACCGCGGCUGCGGCUGCGGCCGCGACGCGAUUCCAAGGCGGCGUUUCGAUGGUGCAGGGCGCUUCUCGAGGAAUCGGCCUCGAAUUCGUGAGGCAAUUGUUGAAGAGGAGUGAAGAGGGGCGCGUCGUCGCGACAUGUCGGAACCCCGACGGCGCAGCCGAUCUUCUAAAACUGAAAAAAGAAUACGAAAAUCGCCUUAACAUACUCCCGCUGGACGUGACGAAUGAAACCACCAUAGAGGCGGCAGCAAGCGCUGUUAGUGAAACAUACGGAUCGCUUAACCUACUCGUUAAUACUUCGGGAAUUCUUUCGAUACCUAAUGUACUCCAACCAGAAACAACACUGAGCAAAGUGCAGAAGUCGUCUUUGCUGCUAACUUACGAAGUUAAUGCCGUCGGCCCCAUCUUAGUGAUUAAGCACAUGUGGCCGUUACUGAAGAUGGGUGGAGGCUCUGGAACAGAGAGAGAAUUCGCCGUGGUCGCAAACUUAAGCGCUAGAGUGGGUUCCAUCGGCGACAACGGUUUGGGGGGAUGGCAUUCCUAUAGAGCUUCAAAAGCGGCGCUAAAUCAGUUGACGAAAACUGUAUCUGUGGAGUUUUCUCGGAAGAAGGAUCCAAUUGUUUGCAUUCUAUUGCAUCCGGGAACUGUCGACACCGACCUUUCACGACCGUUCCAGCGAAACGUACCGGAGGGUAAGCUUUUCACCAAAGGAUUCGCCGUGCAAAAGCUUCUGAAUAUCAUCGAUAAUGUUAAGAGCAGCGAUAAUGGGAAGUUCUUCGCUUGGGACGGUCAGGAAAUUCCUUGGUAAUCCCUUCGUCUGCGCGAUGUAAAGCGUUCUCGAGUAACUUUGAAGCUCAGAGCUCAGAAGCAUGAUUUAAACUCAUUAUCUGCGUACUUUUUUGCCUCUGUAUCUCUGUAAUUUUUUUUCUUUAUUGAAUAGUACUACAUAUCUGAUGUCAAAAGGUUUAUAAGGCAGUAAAAUUUUCAACUGGCACACAAUAUGCUGGCCCUGAUGUA